AUGCAAACUGUGUGGACUGUCACGGCCUCAACCCUAACUGUCUGGACUGUCACGGCCUCAACCCUAACUGUCUGGACUGUCACGGCCUCAACCCUAACUGUGUGGACUGUCACGGCCUCAACCCUAACUGUCUGGACUGUCACGGCCUCAACCGUAACUGAGUGGACUGUCACGGCCUCAACCCUAACUGUCUGGACUGUCACGGCCUCAACCCUAACUGAGUGGACUGUCACGGCCUCAACCCUAACUGUCUGGACUGUCACGGCCUCAACCCUAACUGAGUGGACUGUCACGGCCUCAACCCUAACUUGGACUGUCACGGCCUCAACCCUAACUGUCUGGACUGUCACGGCCUCAACCCUAACUGUCUGGACUGUCACGGCCUCAACCCUAACUGAGUGGACUGUCACGGCCUCAACCCUAACUGAGUGGACUGUCACGGCCUCAACCCUAACUGUCUGGACUGUCACGGCCUCAACCCUAACUGUCUGGACUGUCACGGCCUCAACCCUAACUGUCUGGACUGUCACGGCCUCAACCCUAACUGAGUGGACUGUCACGGCCUCAACCCUAACUGUCUGGACUGUCACGGCCUCAACCCUAACUGUCUGGACUGUCACGGCCUCAACCCUAACUGUGUGGACUGUCACGGCCUCAACCCUAACUGUCUGGACUGUCAAGGCCUCAACCCUAACUGUCUGGACUGUCACGGCCUCAACCCUAACUGAGUGGACUGUCACGGCCUCAACCCUAACUGUCUGGACUGUCAAGGCCUCAACCCUAACUGUCUGGACUGUCACGGCCUCAACCCUAACUGUCUGGACUGUCACGGCCUCAACCCUAACUGUCUGGACUGUCACGGCCUCAACCCUAACUGAGUGGACUGUCACGGCCUCAACCCUAACUGUCUGGACUGUCAUGGCCUCAACCCUAACUGUCUGGACUGUCACGGCCUCAACCCUAACUGUCUGGACUGUCACGGCCUCAACCCUAACUGAGUGGACUGUCACGGCCUCAACCCUAACUGUCUGGACUGUCAUGGCCUCAACUCUAACUGUCUGGACUGUCACGGCCUCAACCCUAACUGUCUGGACUGUCACGGCCUCAACCCUAACUGAGUGGACUGUCACGGCCUCAACCCUAACUGAGUGGACUGUCACGGCCUCAACCCUAACUGAGUGGACUGUCACGGCCUCAACCCUAACUGAGUGGACUGUCACGGCCUCAACCCUAACUGAGUGGACUGUCACGGCCUCAACCCUAACUGUCUGGACUGUCACGGCCUCAACCCUAACUGAGUGGACUGUCACGGCCUCAACCCUAACUGUCUGGACUGUCACAGCCUCAACCCUAACUGUCUGGACUGUCACGGCCUCAACCCUAACUGUCUGGACUGUCAAGGCCUCAACCCUAACUGUCUGGACUGUCACGGCCUCAACCCUAACUGAGUGGACUGUCACGGCCUCAACCCUAACUGUCUGGACUGUCACGGCCUCAACCCUAACUGUCUGGACUGUCAAGGCCUCAACCGUAACUGUCUGGACUGUCACGGCCUCAACCCUAACUGUCUGGACUGUCAAGGCCUCAACCGUAACUGUCUGGACUGUCAAGGCCUCAACCCUAACUGUCUGGACUGUCAUGGCCUCAACUCUAACUGUCUGGACUGUCACGGCCUCAACCGUAACUGUCUGGACUGUCACGGCCUCAACCCUAACUGUCUGGACUGUCAAGGCCUCAACCGUAACUGUCUGGACUGUCACGGCCUCAACCCUAACUGUCUGGACUGUCAAGGCCUCAACCGUAACUGUCUGGACUGUCACGGCCUCAACCCUAACUGUCUGGACAGUCAAGGCCUCAACCGUAACUGUCUGGACUGUCAAGGCCUCAACCCUAACUGUCUGGACUGUCAUGGCCUCAACUCUAACUGUCUGGACUGUCACGGCCUCAACCCUAACUGUCUGGACUGUCACGGCCUCAACCCUAACUGAGUGGACUGUCACGGCCUCAACCCUAACUGAGUGGACUGUCACGGCCUCAACCCUAACUGAGUGGACUGUCACGGCCUCAACCCUAACUGUCUGGACUGUCACGGCCUCAACCCUAACUGUCUGGACUGUCACGGCCUCAACCCUAACUGUCUGGACUGUCACGGCCUCAACCCUAACUGUCUGGACUGUCACGGCCUCAACCCUAACUGUGUGGACUGUCACGGCCUCAACCCUAACUGUCUGGACUGUCAAGGCCUCAACCCUAACUGAGUGGACUGUCACGGCCUCAACCCUAACUGUCUGGACUGUCACGGCCUCAACCCUAACUGUCUGGACUGUCACGGCCUCAACCCUAACUGUCUGGACUGUCACGGCCUCAACCCUAACUGUGUGGACUGUCACGGCCUCAACCCUAACUGUCUGGACUGUCACGGCCUCAACCCUAACUGUGUGGACUGUCACGGCCUCAACCCUAACUGUCUGGACUGUCAAGGCCUCAACCCUAACUGUCUGGACUGUCACGGCCUCACCCUAA